UUUCUUAUGUUGUUCUUUUUUUUAUAGAAUUGGAAAUAAAAUGCUUGGAUUACAUGAACCAUUGGACUGCAGGAUGAACUUCCCAGGUGUUCUGGACUUACGGACAGGGAAAGCAGGGAGUGAUGGCUGGUCAUCACCAAAGAGCGAGUGCUCAAUUUCUCCUCCUCUGCCUAUGAACGUUGUCUCUCCGACGAUGGCCAUAACACAGAGGGUUCUGGAGGCGGCGAACACACCCCAAGGGACUAGGCCUUUCAAGGCGUACCCCAAAGACCCGCUGUCCCUCUCGUCCUCGAACAAUGAAGCCUACGUUCAAUUCCGGCAACAGAUGCUCGCCCAGGUACGGAGCAGCAAGUGCGCCAAGAAGAGGCCAAACAGCCCCCAGCAACCUUCGUCCAGCGGCGGUGAGACAGAUGACAAAGACGCAGCCUACUGGGAGAGAAGGCGAAAAAACAACGAAGCUGCCAAAAGGUCGCGCGAUGCCCGUAGAGCCAAGGAGGACGAGAUCGCCAUCCGCGCUGCCUUCCUCGAACAAGAGAACCUCAGGCUAAAAUACCAAGUCGCCGCCUUAAGCGAUGAAACCGCUAAACUCCGUUGCAUGCUUUACAAAACCGAACAUAAUCUUAUAUAACACUAACUUUUUAAUUGUACUAUAAAAAUGUAAAUAUUGUUUUAUCAUAAAUGUAAUUCAGAGAGAAAAGUCUGAUGUUGUACAAAAAUCCAUUGCGUAUUCUGCUCAGUGAUGGCCAACAAAUCUUAGUUUUAAGGUUGUAAAUUUUAAAUAUAUAAUUAAUUAAAAUUCGUAUUUAUUUUAAGAGCAUUGUGUGAUUUUUAUCAAACUUUUU